CUCGUCUUCGGCCUUCUCUCCGACCUUCACAAGCCGGUUGAAUGUAAACCUACAAAGUAAACCUGCAUUACGAACAAAUAAUCAAUUGGCCAGUUCUAGUCCGGUCCAACUCGCCAAAUUAGAACCAAUCCGGCUCCUCCUAAGUCGGAGCUCAAAAGUUUACCCCUCGGUCAUUAAUAGCGUAAUACCCCAGCCCUUCUCAUGGUGGAACUGACUGCCCCUCGUUAAAUAAAACAAAAAACAUUACCAAUUCCUCACGACGUCAGUAACUAAUAUCUCAAAAUGUCUGCUUCUUUCUUCUCCCUUGAGGGCCAGACUGCUCUCGUAACUGGCGGUACGCGUGGUAUUGGCCAAGCUGUAGCGAUUGGUCUUGCUGAAGCUGGUGCCGAUAUUGUUCUUGUUCAGCGAGAUACUACAUCACAGUCAACAAAAGAGUCUAUCGAGAAGCUUGGCCGAAAGGCUUUUAUUUACACUGCUGAUCUAUCGUCGCAAGAAUCUGUUGCUGGGCUUGUGCCUAAGGUGCUAGCCGAUGGACACCAGAUUCGCAUCUUGGUGAACUGCGCUGGUAUUCAGCGACGACACCCUUGUGAAGUCUUCCCUGACAGCGACUUCAAUGAGGUCAUCCAAGUAAACCUCAACUCCGUCUUCACCCUCUGCCGCGACGUCGGCGCCCACAUGCUCAACCUCGAACCUUCCCCCAUCACCGGCCGUCGCGGCAGCAUCAUCAACUUCGCCUCCCUCCUCACCUUCCAGGGCGGUUUCACUGUCCCCGCCUACGCCGCCUCCAAGGGUGCGGUAGGCCAAGUCACCAAGAGUUUCGCCAACGAGUGGACCUCAAGGGGCAUCACCGUAAACGCCAUUGCUCCCGGUUACAUCGCUACCGAUAUGAACGAGGCUCUUCUCGCAAACCCAGAACGUCUUGCUAGUAUUACUUCGCGAAUUCCUGCUGGUAACUGGGGUUCACCGGAUGACUUCAAGGGUACAGCUGUUUAUCUGGCGAGUAAGGCCAGUGGGUAUGUGAGUGGGCAUGUGUUGGUUGUUGAUGGUGGUUGGAUGGGCCGAUAAACGAUACGUUUGAGGGUGGUCUCUGGAGCAAGCUUGAAAAUAGAUUAUAAUAUAAUAUCUUUGGCGUUUUUACAAAGUUGGAAUGGCGAGUGAUUAACGACGGGCGCGAACAAGUCUUCGUUUGGCCAAGCGAAGAGAACCGCUUGGGUCGACGAAAGUCGUGACUCGGUUUGUGAGGUGCCUAGCGAUAUGGAAAGCAUCAGGGUUCUUGGACCGGACACUGUAGCGAUCAACUUGGCAAGAAUUCCACAGUAUCAGGCUAUCACCUACAGCAAUUGCAAAGCCGCAAUUCGGACUUUGAUGAAGGAAUGACUCAGCUCGUCGGACAUGUUGAUACUGACUUGGGGAUUUCGACGAAAAGACUUUAGAGAACUGGUCGAGACUGAAGGUAUUCAGCUGGUUGGCUGUAGCUAACAAUUCGGCAUAUAAGCAGGUUUUAUGCGCAAACUUAUCGGUCAUUUACAUGUGCUUCGAAUCGGAAGCCGAAUAUGGAACCUCACUCAGCUGAUGGUCCAUGUCAUACAACAGCUUACAUGGAUUUUCUCCGAAUGUCUCGGGUUACUGCUAAGAUCACUCCGUCGCUCGGUAACUGUAUAAACAGUGCAAGAAAUUUCGUCUAUAUUCUCCCGUCCAGAUCUACCUCUAAACCCACCCAGUAUCGUAUCCUCUUUAGAUUUUGCUUCCUGCGCCAUGCGAAACCGCAUCAGCCUCUGUGUAACGCACACAAACGAUAACAAAAGGAAACAUGCGCAU